AUGCCUCCUAAGGGGAAGUCUAAGGCUCUGCCGGAAGCCUCGUCGCUGGAGGCUCCUUCCUCGUCAUUGGAAGCGCCGUCCUCGUCGCAUGCUCCUGCUUCAUCUGAUCCUACAGGCAAAGGCAAGGGCGAAGCUCUGGAGGAGUCAGUCAACGUGCCUGUUACUGAAGCACCUGCAAGUGGAUCUGGUCUCUCCUUGGAAGAAAAGUUGAGCUCUCUUCAUACGUCGACUCCUGAUAGUGGUUUCAUUGAAGAUGAAUCUGACGAAGAGCUUGGGGUCGAAGUCAGGACAGAGGCAUUCAAUCGUGUACGCUACACGACGAUUCUGCUGUUACAUGUGGCUUUUGAUUUGGAGGUGGCUUCCGUCAUCACCACGGUGCGGACACUGAUGAGGCACAUCUGGUCGUCUACACUCUCCGACGGUGCUGUUGACUCGGCGAAAUUCCAAGAGCUUCUGCCGGCGUACGUGGCGAAGACCCGCUACAGUCGCCUGCAAGUCUCCCUCCUGGGCGAAGAAGACAUUAUGAGCAUCAGGUCCAAGGAGGUAGACUACACGCGUCCUAACGGCACAGUCUUCCGGCUCUACUGGCAGCACACUGACGAUCCUGAAUUUUUGCGAGAGCGGGCGACGAACAAGCAAGCGACUGAAGUGGUGAUCCGGGACGUACCUGCGACAAAGACGCUGGAGAUGUUGCGGGAGCUGAUGGUGGUCUACCAGUUACGGAACCGGAGGCAGUCAGCGCUCAAGGAUGACAUUUGCUUCCACCGCGUUCUGCAUCCAGUCACCAGAGCUGAUACUGAUGUCAUCAAGGGUCUUGUGAUCCCUCAUCCCGGCAACAGAUACCGCUGGCACCAUGUCUUUGAGGAUCCCCUGGAGAUCGGUCGUCGCUUCUUGGUCCAGAGUGGCAGUGGGGGGUGGUUGCACCUCCACCGCCCCGCUGCUCUGCUUCGUCACCAAGCCAGCAGCCCCCCCCUCCGCCUCUACCUUCCCCCCUCUGCUGCUCCUACUGCAGCGGCGGUCUCUGCUCGGCGUCUCGUGCGCCUCUGCCCGGCGCCUCGUGCGCCUUGCCCGCCCGCGCCCGCCCCAUCAGAUCGCGCACCUCGCCCCCCCUCCCUUCUCUGCCCUCUCCCUCCUGCAUAUGCAGCAGUUUGGGGGGAGGUGGGGGUGGUGUAA